CAGACUUGCAGCUGAAGAGGAAAAAGAUUUUGGUCAAGGAUGGGGCAGGGACUCAGCAGAAUCCCGGCCUCAGACCUGGACAAGUUCAUAGAGGAUCACCUCUGUCCUGACACCGGCUUCCGUGCUGACGUCAGAGCAGCCAUCGACAUCGUGUGUGCUUUCCUGAAGGAGAGAUGCUUCCAAGGAGCUACCCACCCUAUGAGGGUCUCCAAGGUGGUGAAGGGUGGCUCCUCGGGCAAAGGCACCGCGCUCAGGGGCAGAUCAGAUGCGGACCUGGUGGUGUUCCUAAACAAUCUCACCAGCUUUGAGGACCAGUUGAACCGACGAGGAGAGGUCAUCAAGGAAAUUAGGAAACAGCUGUACGAGUUGCAGCGUGAGAGGCAUUUCACAGUGCGGUUUGAGGUCCAGAGUUCAUGGUGGCCCAACUCCCGGGCUCUGAGCUUCAAGCUGAGCUCCCCGCAGCUCCAGCAGGAGGUGGAGUUUGAUGUGCUGCCGGCCUAUGAUGUUCUGGGUCACGUCAGCAUCUACGGGAGGCCUGACCCCCAGAUCUACGCCAGACUCAUCAGGGAGUGCAAUUCCCUGGGGAAGGAGGGCGAGUUCUCCACCUGCUUCACAGAGCUGCAGCGGAACUUCCUGAAGCAGCGUCCAACCAAGCUGAAGAGUCUCAUUCGCCUGGUCAAGCACUGGUACCAACUGACGGAGGUGGAUGUUCCAGAGCAGGAGGACCACUUUCUUCGUAAUCUCUGUCUAAUUUUCUUCUUUCUGUUUCUUUUUCUUUUUGGAAGGGCUACUUCUGUGUAGCCCGGGCUGGCCUGGAUCUUGCCAUCCUCCUACCUUAGGGCUCGCAUGACUGCAGGGUAGGCCUGAUGUGCCCUGCCUUCCCUCUCUACUCAGGUGGACAAGGACUGGACAUACUUAGUCUUGUGGGCACAGAGUCCCCUUCCCAGGAGGGUCUGGAAUCAGGGGAAUGCCCUUGUCUGCUGCUGCCCUUGACCCAGAGAGGGCAGAAUGCUGCCCAAGGACAUAGUGAGGGAGGGUCUAGCCUGGGAUCCGCCUCAGCCAGGGGCAUAGACUGUUGGGACUACAAGUCUAAAGAGACAACCCUGACCUGAAUGAGCAGCUUAUAAAGGCAAAAACAUUUUUUAAAAGACUUUUUUAAUUUAUUUAAUUUUCAUUUUAUGUGCAUUAGUGUGAAAGCGUCAGAUCCCUGGGAAUUGGCACUACAGACAGUUGUGAGCUGUCAUGUGGGUGCUGGGAAUUGAACCCGGGACCUUUGAAAGAGCAGCCAAUGCUCCUGAUCACCAAGCGAUCUCUCCAGCCCCCAAAAUCUUUUUAGCUUCAGUAUUUUCCAUUUGUAUAGCUGUGGUGACUGUCAGUAAGAAUGACAGUAUUGCGAUUUUAAUAAGAACAAGAUACAGUUGUCUCCCUGUUGUAUUUCUGUUUGGCCGGGGAGCAGAAAGCCUUGCAGUUACAGAAGGGGAACAAUAAAGUUAUCAAAAAAUCCCAGUAUGUAUCGUAAUACCUGAGGGUUUUUACCUGUUUUAUCCUGAGGUCGGGUCAGGAUUUAGCAAACAUGUUUUUAUUGCUUCAUUGACUUAUUCGUGUCUUCUGCAAUAAAUGUUAACUUACACCUAAGGCAAAAAUCUUACCGCAAGGGCUGAUCCUGUCGCCACACUAAGCUCUCAUUCAGCAAGACUAUAUGUUUGCUGUGU